GCAUGCGCGUCUCUCCUGUUUGUGAUGGCCGUCAACAUGGCAGCAGUGGAGUGAGACGCAUGUCUAAAACUUUACACUGACAAUUGAUUUCUUGCCUCGCGCACUUUGUUUACGUGAAAGAAAGCCGUCGAACAAAAAAUGUCCCGUCACAGGAAUGUCCGAGGUUAUAACUAUGACGAAGACUUUGAGGAUGAUGACAUGUACGGUCAGUCAGUGGAAGAUGACUACUGCAUCUCUCCUGCCACUGCUGCACAGUUUAUCUACUCGCGUCAAGACUCGAGGCAGGCUCGACAUGUAGAGACCCUGGAAGAGGCAGAAUAUGAGGAGGAGGAAGAGGAGAUGCCAACAUCUCCCACCAUUGCAGACACACUAGACCCACUACAACAAGGUCGGUUGUAUUCCUGUUUGGAUCAGAUGAGAGCUGUGCUGGGAGAUUCAAUUCCAGACUCCACACUGACUCAGGCAGCUCUGAAAUAUGACUGUGACCCUCAAAGAGCCCUUGAUUUUAUUCUAACUGAGGAGAACACCAAUACACACGCCCUUCCAGCCAGAACCAACCCACAGCCCGAGCCUAUCACCACAGCUGCACCACAGAAAGCUAAAACACGGGAAGCUUCAGAGAGUCGUGUUGAAGCAGAGGUUGUCCCAAAGGUUGCCCGCAUGACUGUGUCAGGCAAGAAGCAGACCAUGGGCUUUGAUGUGCGAAGUGCUGAAGAAAACGGAGUUGUUGCCCCAUCAGUUCGCAGAGGGCCGAGUCCAGAGGUCACUGCUGCACCAACCACAGAGACGCCAUCCAAACCAUCGGCUGUGAAUGAAGACUCUGCCGCCCCGACCCCGACUCGACCAGCUGGAAAGAGCAAACAGCAGCUCAACAUCCGUGCUGAACUGGAGAAGAGACAAGGAGGAAAACCGCUACUCAACCUGGUGGUCAUAGGUCAUGUAGAUGCUGGUAAGAGCACUCUCAUGGGUCAUCUGUUAUAUCUACUGGGGAACGUUAAUAAGAGAACCAUGCAUAAAUAUGAGCAGGAGGCCAAGAAAGCUGGCAAGGCCUCAUUUGCUUAUGCGUGGGUACUGGACGAGACAGGAGAGGAGAGAGACAGAGGAGUGACCAUGGAUGUGGGCAUGACAAAGUUUGAGACCGACUCAAAGGUUAUAACUCUGAUGGACGCACCGGGACACAAAGAUUUUAUUCCGAAUAUGAUUACAGGGGCUGCACAGGCUGAUGUGGCUGUGUUAGUCGUAGAUGCCAGUCGUGGGGAGUUUGAGGCCGGGUUCGAGGCGGGGGGGCAGACCCGUGAGCACGGGCUGCUGGUUCGAUCUCUCGGAGUCACGCAGCUUGCUGUUGCUGUCAACAAGAUGGACCAGGUGAACUGGCAGCAGGAGAGGUUCCAAGAAAUCAUCUUGAAGCUCGGUCACUUUCUAAAGCAGGCUGGUUUUAAGGAUUCUGAUGUGUUUUACAUCCCUACCAGCGGCCUUUCAGGAGAGAAUCUGACUACUAAGAGUAAAGUUGCAGAUCUUACAGCCUGGUACACUGGACCAUGCCUACUGGAACAGAUAGAUGCGUUUAAACCACCCCAGAGGUCAGUGGAGAAGCCCUUCAGGCUUUGUGUGUCAGACGUCUUCAAAGAUCAGGGCUCUGGGUUCUGUGUGACGGGGAAGAUCGAGUCUGGCUUCAUUCAGACAGGCGAUAAAGUUCUGGCCAUGCCUCCUAAUGAGACCUGCACAGUUAAAGGGAUCACUCUCCAUGAUGAAGCUUUAGACUGGGCGGCUGCUGGUGAUCAUGUCAGUCUAACUGUAACCGGCAUGGACAUCAUCAAAAUAAAUGUUGGAUGUAUAUUCUGUGAUCCCAAAGAGCCCAUCAGAGCCUGUACAAGAUUCCGAGCAAGAAUUCUCCUCUUUAAUAUAGAAGUUCCUGUCACGCAAGGCUUCCCCGUACUGUUACAUUAUCAGACCGUAAGCGAACCAGCCACUAUUAGGAAGUUAGUCAGUGUAUUACACAAGAGCAGUGGAGAAGUUCUCAAGAAGAAACCAAAGUGUUUGAGUAAAGGACAGAAUGCUGUGGUGGAGAUUCAAACACACAGGCCUGUGGCUCUGGAGCUCUAUAAGGACUAUAAAGAACUGGGGCGGUUCAUGCUGAGAUAUGUGGGCUCGACCAUUGCUGCUGGAGUUGUCACUGAGAUCAAAGAGUAAGAACCAGUCGGAACUGGAUCCUCCAAAAACCUCUAUAAAGAAGUGCAAUUUCCCCUCAGAGCUAAAGUAACACAAACAUAAAGUGAAUACACAUAGAUGCCUGCAAGCCAACAUCUAGCCACAGUUCACAUUUCACCUUAUUAAAGGCCCUGGAAUGAGUGUGAAUGUUUGUGUGUGUGUGUGUGUUUGAGAGAGACUGCAGUUUGUCCCGCCCCUCAACUUGCAGUAUACAGUUGAUCUGUGUUAUAAUUCAUCAUAAAUUUAAACUUAAACCCUCCUAAAACACUCAGAGAACAUUUACCUGUAAUUUACUUUGGUUUGCUUCCAUUCAUUCAUUGCAUCAUAAACUGAACUCAUGUUUUAUUAUUUAACAUUUUAUUUAGAUUAUUGUAAAGUGCAUCAUUUUUGACCUCCAGAUGGCAGCACAUGAUGGACAUUUAGUUUUGGUUCAAAUGGAAGGUUUUUAAGGUUAGUUAAUCAAAUUAGUUAAGGAUGUGUACAUUUGUGAAAGGGAAAAUAGAUUAAGCAACACAGCUGGCUGCUCUCAUCUCCUCCAUCAGUUUCUCCUGUGAGCGGGACAGUGUGAAUGAAAACUGCCCUUCCAAUGCUGCUACUCAGUCUUUUCCUGAUCGUUAAUGAGAAAACCGAAGGAUCGAGAACCAGUGGCCAAAUGGAUGUUCCGUGGAGAAACUCAUCCGCAUGUCUAUAAUCUAACAGUUAUCACUUUAAGGACCUAACGGACUUGACUUCUACUCAUCUGUUUUUGACUUGAUUACUAAGGGGUUUUAAUUUAAAGAAUGUUUCGUUUGGGUGUAUCGAAGCUGAAGUUGUUCAAUUGGGGAAAAUCUUCUACAUCAGAAAAAUAAAAAAUAUAUUGAUCACUGUGGAAAA